AGAAACUCACUCGAUUCAUGGCUUCAUGCAAGUCUAGCUGCUUUCCCCGAUCCAUGGCGGGGCUCGCCGGUAGAAGCGGCCGGCCGCUAGAAACGCAUCGGAUGCUCACGAUACUCCGGCCAGCGUCUCCACCGCCGUCUCAGUCUCGCCGGGUUUGCUCUGCUGCUAAUUCUGAUAGCCUGGACUGUUGGUUUGUUCUGCUAGUUCUUGUUCCCUGACAAAAUGCAGUGAACAGAUAUUGUGCAUUCCUUGCCGACCUACAAUAUUGGAACUUUUCUGAACCAUUUUUGGUGGAUGUCCCUUACUGAUUUGUCCUAUGGCAACCAUAUUAGCUUCUUUGGUUGGGUCAUGUGCCAAUAAGUUGAAAGAGAUCAUUACUGAAGAGGUGAUACUUAUUCUAGGGAUACAAGAAGAGCUCGCAGAGUUGCAGCGCAAAACAGAACUUAUACAUUGUUGUAUUACUGAUGCUGAGACAAGGAGGAUGGAAGAGUCAACAGUUGACAACUGGCUUGGUCAGCUAAGAGAAGUUCUGUAUGAUAUUGAUGAUGUUAUUGACUUGGCUAGAUUUAAGGGAAGCAUUCUACUAACUGAUCAUCCUUCAUCAACAUCAUCAAGGAAAUCAAUUGCUUGCACUGGCCUGUCAAUUUCUGCUUGCUUUUCUAAUAUUCAAACACGUCAUGAGGUUGCUGUUAAGAUUAGAAGUCUGAACAGGAAGAUAGACAACAUUUCAAAGGACAGAGUGUUUUUGACACUAAAGAAUACACCUCCUACUGGAAACAGUUCAGUAUUAGCGAGAAAAAGUUCCCACCUGCUUGAGCCCAACAUUGUUGGCAAGGAGGUCAUACAUGCAUGCAGAAAAGUAGUGGACUUAGUUCUUGAACAUAAGGAGAGGAAACAAUACAAGGUUGCAAUUGUUGGAACUGGAGGAGUUGGUAAGACAACAUUAGCUCAGAAAAUAUAUAAUGAUAAAAAAAUAAGAGGAAAUUUCAACAAAAAGGCGUGGGUUUGUGUUUCCAAAGUGUACUCUGAAGCUUCUCUUUUGAGAGAACUUCUUCGAAUUAUGGAAGUUCAUCAUGACCAAGAUGAAUCAGUUGGAGAGCUCCAAAGCAAGCUUGAAAUAGCAAUUAAGGAGAGGAGUUUUCUCCUUGUGUUGGAUGACUUGUGGCAAUCCGACACUUGGAUAAAUUUACUAAGAACUCCACUGCAUGCUGCAGCAACAGGAGUAAUUCUAGUAACAACUAGAAAUGAUACUGUUGCUCUAGAAAUUGGUGUGGACUAUACGCAUCGAGUUGAUUUGAUGCCGGUUGAUGUAGGAUGGGAGCUACUUUGGAAGAGCAUGAACAUCAAUGAACGCAUAGAAGUGCAAACUCUGCAGGAUACUGGGAUUGAGAUUGUUCGCAAAUGUGGUUGCCUUCCUCUUGGAAUCAAGGUUAUUGCUAGAGUGUUAGUGAGUAAAGAACAAACAGAGAACGAAUGGAAAAACAUUUUGAGCAACAAUGCUUGGUUCACGAACAAGCUUCCUAAUGAUCUGAGAGGUGCUUUGUAUCUUAGUUAUGAUGAGUUACCACGGCAUUUAAAACAAUGCUUUCUUUAUUGUAGUGUAUAUCCUGAAAAUGCAACCAUUUACCGUGAUGAUCUUACAAGGAUGUGGAUCGCUGAAGGCUUUAUAGAGGACCAUGGAGGUCAAUUACUAGAAGAUACGGCAGACGACUAUUACUAUGAGCUGAUCCAUCGGAACCUUCUCCAACCAAAUGGUUUAUAUUAUGACCACAGCAGCUGCAAAAUGCAUGAUCUUUUAAGGCAUCUUGCUUGUUAUUUGUCAAGGGAAGAAUGUUUUGUUGGAAACCCAGAAUCAUUGGUAGGUAAUACUAUGUCUAAACUGCGGCGUGUUUCAGUCGUCACAGAGAAGAACAUGGUGAUGUUUCCUAGCAUGGAUGAGGUGAAAUAUAAAGUAAGGACUUGGAAAACUUCUUAUGAGAAAACACUCAGAGUUGAUACAUCAUUUUUCAAGAGAUUUCCCUAUCUUCGCGUUUUAGAUUUGACUGACUCAUUUGUACCAAGCAUUCCAGGUUACAUUGGAAAUUUGAUCCAUCUACGUUUGCUUGAUCUUGACGGCACCGAUGUAUCUUGUCUUCCAGAGUCCAUUGGCUCCCUAAAAAAUCUUCAAAUAUUGAACUUGGAGAGGUGUGCUGCUUUGCAUAGCCUUCCUUCGGCAAUCACCCAAUUGUGCAAUUUAAGGCGCCUCGGCCUUAAUUAUACACCGAUAGAUCGAGUUCCAGAAGGGAUAGGCAAAUUGGAAUUUCUCAAUGAUGUAGAAGGGUUUCCAGUUUAUGGUGGCAGUGGUAAUACUAAAAUGCAAGAUGGAUGGAACUUGGAAGAGUUGGCUCAUCUUUACCAACUAAGGCGACUUCAUAUGCUUAAAUUGGAAAGAGCAGCUGACUGCACUGCUUAUCCGUUGUUAACAGACAAAAGGUUUCUGAAAUUUUUGUAUCUAUGGUGUACUGAAUGUGCAGAUGAAUCAUACUCAGAAAAGGAUUUCAGCAAUAUUGAGAAGAUCUUUGAGCAGCUAAUCCCACCGUGUAACCUGGAAGAUCUUGCUAUUGUUAGAUUCUUUGGUCGCCAGUAUCCCUCCUGGAUAGAUUCCAGCCAUUUGGUUUAUGUAAAAUCCUUGCACCUCUUCAAUUGCAAAUUCUGUAAGCAUCUUCCACCAAUUGGGCAGCUACCUAACUUAAAAUAUCUAAAAAUCGAGGGAGCAACUGCAGUUGCCACAAUUGGACCCGAAUUUGUUGGCCGCAGGGUGAGUAAUCUUCAGCAAACAGUUGCUUUCCCGAAGCUUGAAGAGUUGCUCAUACGAGAUAUGCCCAACUGGGAGGAGUGGUUCUUUAUUGAUGAAGCAACACCAACUGCUAAGGAACGGAUUGAUGAUGGAGAUACUGCAAUGUCAAAAGGGGAAGUCUUACCUCCAAGGAUGCAGCUACUGUCACGGUUGAAGAGGUUGGAACUUUUUGGCUGUCCAAAGCUGAGAGCUCUUCCACAGCAACUCGCACAGGCCAGCAGUCUGAAGGAGAUCGAACUAAGAUGGGCAAGCAACCUGAAGGUGGUGGAGAACUUCCCCUUCCUCUCUGAGAUGCUUUUGAUUGCAACAUGUCAAUCCCUGGAGAAGGUCUCUAACCUUCCUCAAGUGCGAGAGCUGCGGGUGCAGGACUGCCCAAACUUGAGGUGUGUCGAGGUGUUGGGAACUUUGGAGCAGCUAUGGCUUUAUGAGGACAUGCAUGAGAUAUCUACAUUGUGGGUGCCUGGGCUUCAACAGCAGUGUCGACAACGUCAUGGAGAGGAUCUUGAUGUUUACAAUUGGACAUAGUGAUAAGGGGUAUGUUAACCAGUGUCCAUACUUCACACUUCACCCUCCCUAAUGCAAAAUUUUUCCCUCUGCAAUCUGUUCUGCUAGCAAGCUUAUCUGCUACCUUUCGUGUGCAGGAUUCAGAGCUCAAGUUUUUUCCACAAAAUGGUUUCUAUAGACACAAAUCUGGGUAAAAUCUGGUUUCCAACCAUCUCAUGGAGACUGAAAUUAAAAUCAAGUUUUGUGUUCAUUCCUGUACUCAUCAGUUAUUAUCAGUUCACUACUGUAGUACCGUAGUUUCAUCUUAACUGUUUUGUUUCAUGAAU